AUGGUGAAAAUGAGGACAUGGCUUAAAGGCCUCGUCAAGGGUACUUCGGAAGAGGUGAAGUCCGGGACCGCCCAACGAGCAUCUUCAGCCGCAGGUCGAGAGAGGCGAGAACCGCGGGAGACGCGGGAUGAAGCUAUGAUGGCAUGCACCACAUUGCUCAAUUUUUCGUGUGGCAGUCAGGCUUCUCCGCUCUUCCGCCCUCUGGGCGGCUCUUGCUCCAUCAUCUACGAGGCGCUCGAGCGGCGUCCGCGGAGCAUCUCCGGCGGAGCAUCUCCGGCGGCGGCGCUGAGUGCGGCCGCGGAGUUCCUGCAGGGAGCCAAGUCGCCGGAUUUGCGAUUGCAAUUCGCGCUCCUCGUGCACACGGACGAGGCGGCUAUGUCCCGCUUCGUCGGCGACGUCGAGGGCGCCAUCGUGACGCUCUGCAAGGAGCUGCAAUCAAAGGAACCGCUUCUCACGGAGGAGGGCUUGCUGGCACAGUGGCGCAGUGAUAUCGAGGCCUUUCGGCGCCGCUGCAGCGAAAUCUGGGAACUUUACGUCUACUUCGUUUUCUUGGACGUCAAGGGCGACAGAGCAUUGCUGCGAAUGGUUUCCAGGAGGGGCCUCGCCCGGUUCGCCGUCGGUAUGGACCCGGUGGCCCGGUGGCCAUGUGAUCUGGGUGGACUCAGUGGGUCUAGGAUAGAAGAUGGAGUAACUCUUGCUGAGAUUGAACUGGAGCGAGUGAGUACAAACCGUGAAGGAUCUUGGCCAGAGAAGCGUGCAGGAGAUUUUUCCAAGGACUUACAGUGA